AUGUUGUCGUUGCGAAGCUCGGCUCCCUUCUUGAAAAGGUAAACACGAGUUUAUUUUGGAUGUUUAAUGCCUGUUGCGGAGAUUAUUUUUGGAAAGGUGUAAUCUAAGUGUUUACUGUAUUUGCCUUCAGUUUCAAGUGUAUAUUCGAAGAGUUUUGUUUAGUUUUUUAUAUUGUACUUGAUCAAGAUGAUGAUGAGACAAUCUCUUUUAAGUGCCAGCCGUUUGGUGGGUGCCACUCGGGAUAAGCAUGUCCUCCCCGACCUGCCUUAUGAUUACGGAGCGUUGGAGCCGGUGAUUUCGGCCGAGAUCAUGCAACUGCACCAUCAAAAACAUCAUGCCACCUAUGUGAACAACCUAAACCAAGCUGAGGAGAAAUCCCACGAGGCUUUGGCCAAGGGCGAUCUCAGGACCGCUAUUGCGUUACAGGUCAGUUGCGUUUUUUUUGGUCUUGUUGUCUAGAUUGGAUCUCAAUAUUACACAAGAGUGUUCAGGGCGCCCUCAAAUUCAAUGGUGGUGGUCACAUUAACCACAGUAUUUUCUGGACCAAUUUGAGCAAGGAUGGAGGGGAGCCAACAGGGGAACUGCUCGCCCAAAUCAAGCGUGAUUUCGGAUCCGUUGAGAAGCUCCAAGAACGACUUUCGGCUGCUACUGUUGCUGUCCAAGGCUCUGGGUGGGGAUGGUUGGGCUACAACAAGACCGACAAGAGACUUCAGAUUGCUACCUGCGCCAACCAAGACCCUCUCGAGCCUACUACCGGUGAGUUCAAAUGAUAUUUCGGUUUGAAGUGAUCGUUUGAUUAUACACUCCGUUACGAAAGUAUACCUACCCCAUGGAGAAUUGCAGUAUCUAAGGUUUGGUAAGAGGUAUUGAAAAAAUGCUAAAGCCAUUCGAAAGAGCAUGACUAAAAACGCAUGGAAUCAGCCUGUGAAAAAAAAUUUUGGUCUAUUUGGCAACUAUUUUAAUAUUUUUGGCCGUUUCAAAAGUAUACCUACCCCUGACGGUUUUUUGGCCAAUCUUGGUCGGAUUUUGAAUAAACCUGCCCCGAUUUUAUUCCACAGUGUACCCUAUGGUAUUACAAAGUGUAUUACAUUCAUUCCAGUUGCACUUUGCCCACGUAGUGCUUUUGCGAGCCAUCUCUGACCUUGUACAUGAGGUUAACCUUAAUUUCAAAAAAGUCCUGCAUGAAUGUUUUUGUUUCGCUAAAAAACGACCUAAAUGCCUUUUAUCGAAGAUAAUGCUUAAAAAAGCUGUUUUUUUUAUUCAUAACGAAAUAUGUCUGUAUAAUGUAACAGGUAGUUUAGUUUUUCCGCCAAGGAAGCGGCCUAGUCAAGAAAUUUUUUGAAAUUAAGAUUAACCUCAUGUACAAGGUCAGAGAUGGCUCGCAAAAGCACUAUGUGGAUAAAGUGCGAUUGAAAUGAAUGUGAUACACUUCGUAAUACCAUAGAGUACACUGUGGAAUAAAAUCGGGGCAGGAUUGGCCAAAAAACCGUCAUGGGUAGGUAUACUUUUGAAACGGCCAAAAAUAUUAAAAUAGUUGCCAAACCGACCAAAAUUUUUUUUCACGGGCUAAUUCCACGCGUUAAUAGGUUUUAAGACAUGCUCUUUCGAAUGGCAUUAGCAGUUUUUCAAUAUGUCUUACCAAACCUUAGAUACUGCAAUUUUCCAUGGGGUAGGUAUACUUUCGUAACGGGGUGUAUUAUCCAUAAUGAUUUUUUAUUAAAAAUUUCUUUCAGGACUUGUUCCUCUCUUUGGAAUUGAUGUAUGGGAGCAUGCCUAUUACCUGCAAUACAAAAAUGUCCGCCCUGAUUACGUGAAGAGCAUCUGGAAGGUGGCCAAUUGGAAGAAUGUGGACGAACGCUUUCAGAACGCCAGCAAGGAAUGA